AUGGAUAAUCUGGAUGAAGCAUUAACUCAUGCUGAUUUAAACACAUUAAAUGAAAUUGUAACUUCUGCACAAGAAAAAGCAGAUAUGUACAAACAUCAACAGGCAGAUACAAUUCUGAGCGACGAUGAUAUUAUUUCUAAAUAUCAUCAAGCAUUUAAGGCCUUGGUUAAGCGGUCAACAGACACACCACGGCAUGCUUGCGUAUCAUGCGAAAAAUUGUGUUAUAAGAGAAAUGUUUCUGAAGUCAAUAUUCUUCGAGAACAAAUAAAUAUUCCAAGUUGGAGAGGUUUAAUGACACAUAUACAACAACAAGAAAAUAAUGCGCAAUAUAUAUGUACUUAUUGUGCAGGGAAAUUUCGUAAAGGCUUAAUGCCUGCGUAUUGCAUCUUAAAUAAUCUCCUUACAAAUGAUGUGCCCAAAGUAAUAUCAUCUCUUAAUACAUUUGAAAAAAUGAUUAUACAAAGAGCUAAAGCGUUUCAAACUGUCGUCAAAAUGGGAACUGUUAUGAAUAAAAAGUUGCCUCAAAGGCAAAUUGUACAAAAAGUUAAAGGUAGAACAUUUCAUUUACCACUUCCAUUACAGGAGACGUUGAAUAAAUUAUGUUUGAAUACUGACCCAAUAAAUAUUAAUAACGAAUUAUAUAUUUUAGUUAGAGGUAUUCCGACCAAAUCAAAUAUUAUUUGGGAAGAGAUGGUUGAUGUUAAAAAAAUAUUUGACGCUUUAACGUGGUUAAAGCGCAACAAUGCUUUAUACUCUCAAAUUAUACUGCCAAAUGAUCAUAAUGAAUUAAACAUUUUAGAACAAUUAAAAAGUUCAGAGUUUCAAAUGGAAGAGACAGAAGCGACAUUAGGUGACGAAUCUGACAAUGAGUCAUUAAAUAAUCUGGUAGAAGAGACGAAAAAUGAUGUAGAAAUUACAUUAAACAAUCAGCAGAAGGCAAUGUUAACUCAAGUUACUGAUGAAAAUGAUGGCUAUUAUGAACAAUAUACUAUUUAUCCUUUAUAUGAAAAGAAAGCAAAUAAAACUUCGACAGACUUGUAUCAAAUGAUAAAAAUUCAGAAUGCGCCUUUGGAUAAUCGUGAAAAAGAUUUAGAUUUAAUGUGUUUUCCAGAUUUAUACCCUUUUGGUAUUAAUGGACAACAUGAGAUUAGGGAAGUUAAACUUCAUGAACAUGAAUUUAUUAAAUGUCGUUUGACAUCUAAACAUCCACAGUACAGAUUAAAUCAACAAUACUUAUUUUAUUUGUUGAAUAAUGCGAAUAUGCGUCAGUUAAACCGUGGAAUUUAUCAUAAAUUGAACGUAACUAAUCCUCAAGUUCGUUAUACGGCUGCAGAGUAUUUAGAAGCAAUGUCAAAAGAACAGUUGGAAUCUGAUCUAACAACAAUAUUUUCCACACUUCGAAAUACGGAACAAUAUUGGCGUAAACCGAGAAGUAAUUUAAGGUGUAUGACGCAACAUUACGGACCUGCGACAUGGUUUUUAACACUAAGUCCGAGUGAAUGGUUAUGGGAAGAUUUAGGUGAAUAUAUUCGUGAAAUAAAUGGAUGGCAUGAUGCUUCUUUAUCCGUUAGCGUACUUGUUGGUAAAGAUCCUGUAUCAACGUCCAGGUUUCUCGAUAAUAAAUUUCGGGCAAUGCUUGACUUCAUUAGCUCCAAAGAUCAUCCAAUUGGAGAAGUAACGCACUAUUUUUGGCGACGAGAAUACCAAGGUAGAGGUAUACAACAUUUCCACUUAUUAAUUUGGAUUAAAAAUGCACCGAUUUUUGGUGAAUCUACUAUUGAAGAAGUCUCCAAAUUUAUUUUACAAUAUAUAAGCUGCAAAAUGCCAGAUGAAAAUAUUUCACCAUUAUUGUAUAAACGUGUUGAUACGCAUCAGCGACAUAAACAUAACGAUUAUUGUCUUCGCUCUAAAAAAGUAGGACGUAAAGUUAUUCGUCGGUGUCGUUUUGGAUUUCCUCGUUCCGUUACUGAAACUUUCAAUAUGAGAGAUGUGGCAACUUCGAUAGCAGGUAGAAAACAAUUGAAACAUAAAAGUAGACUUUAUGAUCUUCCUCGAACGGAUAAUGAAGUUAAUAUUAAUGAUUAUAAUUCUGUUCUUCUUACUGCAUGGGAAGGCAAUAUGGAUAUACAAUUUAUUGGUGAAAAAUCAUCGCUUCUUACUUGGUACAUUACUAAAUAUAUAAAUAAAGAGGGAAAAUGUGAGUUGUCUGAUUCUGUUCUUAAUAUUGAAAAUAUUAAGAACAAAUCAUUAGCAAGUCGUCUUUGGAAUAUGGGUUUGCGAUUUAUAAAUAAUAGAGAAUGUGGAGCUCUAGAAGCUGCUGAUACAUUGUUAAGUAUUCCUUUGUAUGGAACUGAUCGAAAUACAACUAUCAAAUGGUUAGAUGUCAAUCAAAUACGACGUAAAAGAAUAAAAAAUUGCAAGGAAAUUGAAGCUCUUGAUCCUGAAUCUAUAGAUAUAUUUUAUCCAUCUUUAGUAGAUGAUCUUUAUCCACAUAGACCAAAUGAACUAGAAAAUAUAUCUCUUUAUGAAUUUGCACAGUGGUAUGAUAUCUCGAAGAUCAAACCGAAAAAUAAGUAUGUUGAGUAUUAUAAAAUAGAUAAUGGUAAAUAUCUUAAGCGACGACAGCGUGGAUAUCUUAUUGAUCAUUAUAAAGUUAAUGUUAAUACACAACCAGAAAAUUAUUUCUUUUCGUUAUUACUUAUGUUUAAACCAUGGCGAAAAUUAGAAGAUCUUAGAAACGGAGACGAUACUUAUGCCGAAUCGUUUCACAAAGAAAAACUGCAUCUUGUAGAAGCGUUGCGAUAUCAUGAAAAAUUAGAAGAAUUGCAAAAAGCAUUUGAAACCGCAAAACAGUUAGUUCAGCAAUGCCUAGACGACGAUUUACAAAAACAACAGUCUCAGGAUGAUCCUGAAAAUCCGAUAGGUGUUCAAAAUAUAGAGGCUGGUGAAGCAAUGCAAGAUUUUAAAGAUCUUGGUGAUAAAGCAGUUCGAGAAAUUGAUGUAUCUGAAAUGAUCGCAAAAUUAAAUGCGGAUCAAAAACGUGUAUUCGAUAAAGUUAUCAAUACUGUAGAGUCAGAUGAAUCAGUAUUACGAUUAUAUGUUAGCGGAGAAGGUGGUACUGGAAAAAGUUUCUUAAUCAAGACUAUUAAAUGCUGGAUAAAACAAAAUCUCAACAAAGAUACUGCUGUAUCAGCACCUACUGGUAUAGCAGCAUUUAAUAUAGAUGGUUUGACAGUUCAUAGAUUGCUUCAAUUACCCGUUGAACAUGGUCAUACUCCUAGAUAUAAACAACUAUCUGAUCAUGUAUUGAAAGUUUUACGAGCAGAUCUUAAAGAUGUUAUUCUUUUUAUAAUUGAUGAAGUGUCAAUGAUAUCUAAUUUGACUUUAAUGUAUAUACAUCUUCGAUUGUCUGAAAUAUUUGACACUAGUGAUUGCGAUGAUGGUUGGUUUGGUCGAAAGCAUAUUCUUUUAUUUGGAGACUUGCUUCAACUACCUCCUGUACGAGAUGAUCCUAUUUUUAAACAUUUAUCAAAUGAAAAAAUUUCUAAAUAUCUUAAUUCCUUAAAUGCGGUUAAUUUAUGGACUACAUUAUUUGACUAUGAUGAAUUAACAAUUAAUAUGCGUCAGCAAGGAGAUAACUCUUACCGCGAGUUAUUGUCGAGAAUUCGUAUCGGUUUACUAACAAAAUCUGAUUGUAAGAUUCUCGAAAAUAAAAAAAUUUCUUUUAAAGCUGAUUCCUUCGAAUCUAGAUUAAAUGAGUUAUGUACUUUCAUUAACAAUCUGUCAUCAGACACUGUUUGUUUACUACCCACUUGUCAUAUGUGUGAUGUUCUCAAUGAUGCAAUGUUAAGUCGCAUUGUUUCUAAAGAAAUAAUAUUAAUUGCUGAAGACACGAUUGACUGUAUUUCAUAUGUAAAAAAGGAAGUAUUAAAAGCAUUAUCAAAUAAUGAUGAUGAUAAUUCUAGAACAGCUGGACUUUCGAAAAAAAUCAUAAUUAAAAUUGGAGCGAAAGUUAUGAUACGGCGUAAUAUUGAUGCUAGUUUGGGUCUUGUAAACGGUACAAUUGCUAAAGUGACUUCAGUUGUACAAGAUAAUGAUUACGUAGAAAAGAUCAAACUUCUUUUACCAUCAGGUUUAGAAUAUCUAAUUGAAAGAGUAAGUGUUAAAUUUGAGGUAGUGGAUAAAGCGUACGUUGUCAGAAAACAAUUUCCAUUAUCUUUGAGUUACGGCAUCACUAUUCAUAAAAGCCAAGGAUUGAGUUUGCAAAAUGCUAUUAUGGACAUUGGUAACUCUGUAUUUAAUUGUGGUCAAACUUACGUUGCAUUAUCGCGAGUAACAUCUUUAGAAGGAUUAUAUUUAAUUAACUUCGAUCCUUCAUCGGUAAUAGCUAGCGAAGACGCAAUUAUUGAAUAUAAUCGUCUAAAACAGAUACACAAACCAAAAGCAGAAAUUAUUGCCAUGUCAAAGGAACAGUAUUACAAAGUGAAAGAUGUUUUAUGGGCGUUUCCAAAAGUAGUUGCUUCUGUUCAAAAAUCAAGUUUAGAUCAAAAUGUUCGACAAAGUACUGCUUGGGUCAUGCAUGGUUUCCAAAAUACAGAUAAGGUUUCAUGCUAUGCAAAUGCAGUAUUACAGUGUUUAUUGAAUUUAAAUGCCAUUAGGCAGCAAUUGUCCAAUUGUGAUAAAUCAGAUGUUUUACGUGUGUUAAUGCAUCGAUAUGAAAAUGGAAUAUGUAAUCUAAAUACAUACGCAAUACGACAAUGUUUAGGAGAAUAUUUUUCAAGUCCCGUAAAACGAAAUGCAUCUGAUUUUUUUAUGGCUCUUUGCGAAAAAUAUGAUUGUAUAAAAAGUUUGAAUAACAAAUUAAUGAAAGCAACACACAACUUUAAUUUAAGUGCUAUUCCAACAACUAAAGUAUUAAUAGAUGGACAGUUGUAUAAAGUGAUAAAUGCUAUAUUUGAUCAUGGCUCAAGUAUCGAUGAAGGUUAUUAUAUAAGUAUGUGCAGAGAAGGAACAUCUAAUAUUUGGAUCGAAGCUAAUGAUGCUCAAGUUAAAAAAAGGCAAUGGCCUAGAGUCCCAUAUAAAAGAAUGUUGUAA